AGAGAGAGAGAGUGAGUCUUGUCAGUGGAAAAUGGAGGAAGCAGUAGGCCUACUCGAAGAGCAAGACCCGUGUCGUUGUUCUAUUUGUUUGGAUCCGUUGAGGGAUCCUGCCACCAUUCCAUGUGGUCACAGCUACUGCAUGAAGUGCAUCAGUGGUUUCUGGGACCAGAAGGGAGAGUACAGCUGCCCUCAAUGCAGAGAGACGUUUACUACACGGCCUGUCCUGAAGAAAAACACCACUCUAGCUGAUCUGGUGGAGAAAAUGAAAAAGAUCAGUUGGUCUACGGCUACCUCUCCUAUCCCUCCUGCUCCUGCUCAGUGUGCUGAAGUUGGGAAUGUGGAGUGUGACUUCUGCACAGAGACCAAACUGAAAGCUGUCAAGUCCUGUCUGGUGUGCCUGGUGUCUCUCUGUCAGACACACAUCGAGCCUCACAACAGCAUCCCUGCCUUGAAGAAUCACAAACUGGUCCAGGCCUCCACACACCUACAGCAGAAGAUCUGCUCUCAGCACAACAAGCUGAUUGAGGUGUUUUGUCGUGUUGAUCAGGAGUGUAUCUGCAUGCUGUGUAGUAUGGAUAACCACAAGGGUCACGAUACAGUGUCAGCUGCAUCAGAACGUAAGGAGAAAGAGAAACAGCUGGGGGAAACAAAAAUACAAUUUCUGGAGAGAAUCCAGAAGAGGGAGAAGGAACUGCAGCAGAUCCAGGAGUCUGUGUCAUCUUACCAGCGUUCUGCCCAAGAAGCAGAGCAGCAGAGUGAGAAGAUCUUCACUGAGCUGCUGGAGUCUAUUGAGAGGAGACGCUCUGAGGUGAAAGAGCUGAUCAGAGCUCAGCAGAAGGCAGCGGUGAGAGACGCUGAAGAUGUUUUGGAGAAACUGGAGCAGGAGCUGGCUGAGUUGAGGAGAGGACACGCUCAGUUGGAGAAGCUCUCGGUUGAGGAAGAUCACGUCAAUUUCCUCCAGAGUUUUCAAGUCCUGAAGUCCUCUGUAUGCAAACCUUCCCCCAGCAACAAUCUUAGUCCACACAUGUCAUUUGAGGACCUGAGUAAAUCUCUGUCAGUUUUGAAGAGUGAAGUGGAAGAACUCUGCAAGCAGCAUAUGAUAAUGAUAUCCGGAGAAGUGGCAGGUGUGGAGAUCGUUGUGCCCCAGGAGCCAAACACCAGGGAGGACUUUUUAAAGUACUUUUGUGAGCUGACGCUGGAUCCAAACACGGCACACAGAGAGAUCUCUCUGUCUGAGGGGAACAAGAUGGCGACGCGUGGAAAGGCCCAGACCUGCCCAAAUCAUCCAGAUAGAUUUACAGAAUUUGUGCAGGUGUUGUGUGAACAGGGCUUUUGUAGGCGUGUUUACUGGGAGGUGGAGGUGGAGCUGAAGAUUAACUCCAUAGUUAAAAUUGCUGUUGCAUACAAAAGCAUAAAGAGGGGAGGUCAAGGCUAUGUGAGCCAAUUUGGAAAUAUUGGAAAGAACUCCUGGUCUGUGGUGUGUGAUGUUAGAGGAUGUCGUUUCUGGCACAACGGAAAAAGAAAUGCAAUUGCCGUCAUUCCCACAUCUAGAAUAGGAGUGUAUGUGGACCACAGGGCAGGAACUUUGUCCUUCUACAAUGUCUCUGACACAAUGACCCUUCUCCACAAAGUGAAGACAUCUUUCACUGAAGCUAUUUACCCUGGCUUCCAUGUGGGUGUUGGUACUUCCAUAAAACUUUGCUCUGAAGUAGAAGAUUCAUGA